UGAUAAUUGGUUCAGUUAAUCAAAAUACUAGUGAACUCCCACUUAAAUCAACAUCCCUUAAGUUGUGUAAGUGUUACAUGAUCCAAAUCAACUAACCCAUAUCCGAUCACCAUUUCAGAUGGGAUGGUCAUCAAUGAUGAACAUCUCCAUAUUAAUCAUAUCUACUAUAUCACUCAUGUUCGACCUUUCGGUCCUCCGCAUUCCGAGGCCAUGUCUGUACAUUCUAGGCUCGUCAAGUUUAACCCAACUAUUAUGCAUGUGUAAAACAUGAUUACAUCCGUUGUAUGUGAACGAAGAGUCUAUCACACCCGGUCAUCAUGAGGUGCUUCGAAACGACGAACUUUUGCAACGGUGCAGCUGGUUCCCGCGCUACUGCUAGCCAUUUUCCCCACGCUACUGCUAGCCAUUUUCCUAGUAGCGUAGGGGUGCACAUCUGACUAAACAAAAAAAAUCCCUGUCGUUCAGACUAACUGACUGAACGGGUUCAAAACAUGUAAGCUUUUUUUGAUGCAAUCUCGUGAAACUCUUUAUUAAAUUGUGACAAUGUUUAUAGGGACGAACGUAAGAUCACCAGGAUGGCGCAUCCAUACAUGACGGCCGGUUCCUAGUGUAAGAGCAUGUUUCACUAAAUUGUGAGCCUUAAUAUUCGAGAUUCCAUACGCAUAACUAAAAGGACAAAUACUCCCUCGGUCUCAAAGUUGGAUUAAAAUUAAGACAUUUAUUGUGUAUUUUGAGACGGAUGGCGUAAUAGAUAAACUAGAGUGGUGUAAAAUCUCUAAAAGAAUGGCACCAUAAACCGCUGCACUCCUCCUAUAUACACUACUCGCAAAAGAAAACACAUACUACCCAAAAGAGUCCGUCCAGGGAAGACAAGGCUUUGCGUGGGCUGAUGCUUGGUAAUAUGGCCCAGUCGGCCCAUGGUUAAUUAUCAUCAUCCAUAUAAGACGAGAAGAAAGGCGUGGCUCGUUCCAUCCCGCCGCCGCCGCCGCGCCUGCUUCGAUUCGUCGAGUCCCGUUGCAGUUGGUCCGGAUCCGGAGCCGGAGGAAAGAAGAAGAUGAAGGCACGGCAGUUGGUGAACGUGGUGAUGCGGAGGUACGGCAUGGGCAUGGGCAGCAGCCACUAUUCGUUCAGCCGCAUCAAGCCCGAGGAGCAGCUCUUCUUCCCAUCAACCAAGGAGGCGCAAGCAUCCAGCACGGGGGAGAUGGAGACCAUCUCCAGGAUGCCCGCGCCCAGCCUGAGCCUCGUACGCUCGGCGGUCCUGGUGGAGAGGCUGGAUUUCCUCCCUUUCUACGAGCGCAAGAUCCUCUGCGUCGACGCCCAGGGCCGCACCGUCCUAUACGACGCCGACGCCGACGCCGACGCCGGCCUCCUCCAUCCGCUGCCCUCCCUCAGGGGUCCCAAGGGGCCCAACCCCAUCUCCUUCUCCAUCCUCGACAGGAAGCCUCUGGACCCGCGGCGGGCCGACGUCCUGUACGUCAUGGACAGGUGCCCUCGGCGCUACGACUACUACAGCUUCGAGGCCCUCAUGUACAGCGACCCCUCCAACGGCAGGAAAGGCUGGCGGUGGCACCGGCUCCCGCCUCCGCCCGCCUCCGCCAACGGCUGCCACGCGCUCAUCGACAAGGACGGCGGCGGCGGCGACCCCAUCCUCGUCGUCUCGUCCGCCGACGGCACCCACUGCUUUCACACCUUCACCAACACCUGGUUCGAGGCUGGAGGCGGGAGGCUGCCGUUCGCCGGCCGUGCCCACCGUGUUCCUGAGCUCGACAACCUCUGGUUUGGCAUCGCCAGCGCCUGGCCCUCCGACCUUUGCGCCAUGGACCUCUACCCCCUCUGCGGCCUACGCCCCGAGGCUCCGCGCCUGGCCUACAGCUGGGGAGACCUUAGCCUGCCGGACGACUGGGAGAUGAUGGACUGCAGCAUGGUGUACCUGGGCGGCGGCAGGUUCUGCGUCGCCAAAAUCUUUGAAUUCUGCCUCGGCGAUGACCGCAAGGGGAUGGGUGUCAUCUCUGGCUUGGAGGUGGUGCGCCAAGGCGAGCCAUCCAAACUCGUCAUGGUCAAGCACAAGUCCAAGUUGUACAAGUUUACCAGGGGUGAGAUCCAGUGUAUCCUCUAGAACAAAUGGAUUAACAAUGCUACUCCCUCCGCUUCCAAAAUAGAUGACUCAACUUUGUAUUAAGUAAGCAGCAGGGGAGCAAACAGUGUCUAGAGGAGUGCUAUCUGCUAUGUGAUGUGAGGGAGUAUGAUGUCUAAAGUUAGUACAAAGUUGAGUCAUCUAUUUUGAAACGGAGGGAGUAUGAUGUAGGGCCUAUAUUAUUACAACUAGUUCACUUGAACAACUUGUACAGAGUAACAGCAGCUGAUCCGAUGAGCUGGAAUUCCCGCUUCAAUUGGACUGGAAACAAAGUCAUCUGAGAUCUACCCAUCUAUUUACACGAUUCGAAUCCCGCACAACCCAACUCACCCACCCAAUCCAUCUAAACAAAAAGCUCGAAAAGAAAAAAGAAAAAAACACUCCUCUGGGUCAUCACCCUCACGCGGUGCCCAAACAUCCAUAUCGAGCUCCUCACGCCUUCACACUCAGCGCCCCACCUUGAUUCUGCUUUCAGUUUCUGCUUGAGGCCUACAGAUCGAUGCCUAUAAAGAUAAAUCAACAUUUCUGAAUGUCAGCAAACAACAAGUACUGCACCAUAGUGACAGACAGAAACAAACAUAUGAAGAAUAGCCAUCCAUACUUGAAUUCUAACAUGGAAGUGCUCCAUCGUU